AUGGCCGCCAUCGCCUCCAUGUCCGUCGCCGCGCGCGUCGCCGCGCCCAAGGUCACCGCCCGCCGCUCCUUCCUCGGCAAGGGCGUCUCCGGCCUCGCCCCCGCGCGCGCCGCCAAGGCUUCCGUCGUCGUGCGCGCGGCCGCGGAGAAGGCCCAGGUGAUCAAGCCGAUCAACGGCGACCCGUUCAUCGGCAUGCUCGAGACCCCCGUCACGUCCGCGCCGAUCGUCGCCAACUUCCUCUCCAACCUCCCCGCGUAUCGCACCGGCGUCUCGCCGCUCACGCGCGGCGUCGAGGUGGGCCUCGCGCACGGCUUCUUCCUCACCGGCCCGUUCAUUAAGCUCGGCCCGCUCCGCGGCACCGACGCCGCCGAGCUCGCGGGGUGCCUCUCCGGCGCGGGGCUGGUCAUCAUUCUCACCGCGUGCCUCUCCAUCUACGGCGCGACGGCGUUCCAACGCGACGAGAUCAUCGGGGUCAAGACCCUCUCGGGGCGCGACAUCUCGCGCGACCCGGUGCAGAGCGAAGACGGCUGGGCGAAGUUCACCUCCGGCUGGCUCGUCGGCGGCCUCUCCGGCGUCGCGUGGUCGUACUUCCUCACCCAGGUGCUCCCGUACUACUCUUAAGUCGGCGGCGAGUCGAUGAGUCGACGAAGAGUCGACGAAGAGAGAGGCGGGACGCGCGGCGACGGUUGACGAGACGACGACGACGACGCGAGUGCCGAAAGAAUGAUGAGAUCGGAAGAGAGAGGCGCGGAUGGGCGCGGCCGGGCGCCGGCGGGGUAGUUUAGUGAGGCGGCGGGCGGAGGGAGAGAGGUCUCCCUCGCCCGUCGAGUGUGUGACGUGUCACUUGUAAUAGUCCAAUUUCGUUACGACGAGCGAGCUCCGAGCGAAAGCUCUCGAGUCGGCGGCUUCGCGUUGUGUGAUGUGA